AGAGAAAUUUUUUUUCAUAAUUUCUAUUUCAACUUUUUUUUAUUUUUUUUCCAUUACAUUAAAUCUAACUUUUAUAGGAUAAACAUUCCACAUUGGAACAGAAAAGAAAUCUUGCUUGGAAACCAUGAGCUUUGUAUGCUCUCUUUGCAGCCAUUCAACCACUAGGCCAGGAAGACUUGGGAUUUUGAUUUGAUAUUAAAAGCAGGAGUCACUCAUGCGAGAACUUUUUUUUUUUUUUUAAUUUUCAAAAACCUCACUUUUUUCUUCUUCAGUUCCUUUAUUUUUUUCCUUCUUCCUUUCAUCUGAUUUCAAGCCCAUCCGUUGCUUUUGCAGCCCCGUCGAUCUCCUUCUAUUUCCCAAUCACUUUUUUUUUUUCCCCUUCUCGCGAUCUCACGAAAUCUGUGAGGUUUCGAUCACUUUCUCUUUCUCUCUCCAUCUUUUUUUUUUUUUAAAUUAAGGACACCGCUUUUUGUGAUUUUUUCUCUCUCUCUAGGGUUUCCUUGAAGGGACGACCCCAAGAAUCCCAUCUUAUCUCAGGUUUUGUUCAAUCUGUUUGAAUGACUUUGCAGCAAAAUCUGAAUCAUGACAUCAAGUAUGCUAUCUGGAGAACGAAGAUGGGCCUCUGCAAGACGAAGUGGCAUGACUGUUUUGGGAAAAGUUGCUGUUCCAAAACCUAUAAACUUACCCAGUCAAAGGUUAGAAAAUCAUGGCCUGGAUCCUAAUGUGGAAAUUGUUCCCAAGGGAACCCUUAGUUGGGGCAGUAAAUCAUCUUCUUCAUCAAAUGCAUGGGGCUCCUCAACAUUGUCUCCAAAUACUGAUGGCUGUAGCAGUUCACCUAGUCAUCUCUGUGCCCGCCCUUCAUCUGGUGGAAGUGGCACACGACCUUCAACCGCAGGUAGUGACAAAGCACAUGAACCUUCUAACGCCUGGGGUUCAAAUUCUAGUCCAUCAUCAGCUUCUGGGGCAUUGGCUUCAAAUCAGACAUCACUUGCAUCUUUGCAUCCUCACAGUGCGGAAACUAGACCUGGUAGCUCUCUGUUAUCCCGGUUUGCUGAAGCUGUGCCUGAAAAUUCAGGGGCAUGGAGUGCAGCUAGGAUGACAGAAAAGUUGGGAAUGCCUUCUUCCAAGGAUGAUGGGUUUUCUCUCACUUCUGGAGAUUUUCCUACUCUUGGGUCUGAAAAAGAUACCUCUGGAAAGAACUCUGAGUUGCAAGAACUUGGUUCUCAAGGUCGUCCCUGCUCAUCCUCUGGAGUAGCACCAAUGAAGGAGAGGACUGGGACUUCUAUUGUUGUUGACAUUUCUGUAAAUGCAAAUCUAAAGAGUGGAAAUGCAAAUUCUUGGAGAAGAGAUAAUCCUCCAUACAGUGAAGAUGGUGUCCGCCCAAGCUUGGAGAAGUGGCAUGCAGAUCCCCAAGGACACCAUCCAUACCCUAAUACUGGCAUUCCCCUGCAGCAUUAUGAUUCUUGGCAUGGCCCACCAGUAAACAAUCAUCCAGGUGGUGUUUGGUAUAGAGGACCUCCAACAGGUCUUCCAUAUGGGCCACCUGUUGCUCCUGGGGGCUUUCCUUUGGAACCAUUUCCUUACUAUCAACCUCAGAUUCCAGGUAGUGUUCUUGCUAAUCCACAGCCAGUUCCUCCUCCAGGAGUGGGACCAAGGGGACCUCAUCAAAAAACUGGAGAUAUGUACCGAGGCCCUAUGCCUGAUGCUUUUAUCCACCCAGGUAUGUCAAUUAGGCCUGCUUUUUACCCUGGUCCUAUUCGGGUGGCCUAUGAGGGCUACUAUGGUCCUCCCAUGGGCUAUUGUAAUUCAAAUGAACGAGAUAUACCAUUUAUGGGAAUGCCAAGUGGCGCUUCAGCUCACAACCGGUAUCCAGGUCAAAAUGUUCCAGAUCCUGGUGGUUCCCAUGGCAAUCCUCUGGGAAAAGCAUUUGCUGCAGAGCAUUUGGAAUCUGGCUAUCCUCAUGAUACACGAGGACUGUACAUGGUUCUUCUGAACCAGCAUGAUGGUGGGGAAGGAAAAGAUGAAGAGCACAGGUCAGAGGAGAAUCCAACAGCCACUGUAGAAAAGAGUGAUAAAAAGAGAACAUCGUCAUGGGAAAAUGACUGGAAAGCGGAUCAGAGAAAGGAGGAAGAAGUCUUAAGGACAGUUGUUGAAGAAGCUUCCACUCAGAUUAUUGACUACCAUGGAGGGGAUUCUAUCUUGGGCAAAGUGAAGUCAUCUGAAGGUGUGGAAAAUGCCAAGGCAUAUGGUAAAAUUGCAGUGAUGAAAAUGGAUCAUCCAGAAGUGCCUGCUGCUGCAAAAGAUUCCAGUCUAAUUCAGAAAAUAGAGGGUUUAAAUGCAAAGGCUCGGGCCUCUGAUGGACGAUGCGAGUCCAUAUCUGUUUGCAGUAGGGAGGAGCAGAAACAUAAAUCACAAGUAGUUAGUUCCAAGGCUAAGAAUUUUGCAAAUGAAGGUGCAACUGGUUCUUGUGCUGUAUUUCCUGAUGUAGCAUCUGUUUCUGGAAUGACUGGACCUACCUCUAAGGAAUUAGGUGUUUCUGCCGGAGUUAAGAGCCUUGAUUUGCCAGCUGUUGCUGGAGCAGGCAUAGACAGAUCUACCCAUAGUAUGGAUGGUAGAACUGAUCGUCGAGGCAGGGGAAGAUUCAAGUCUCAAGAUGUUGAUGGAUGGCACAAGAAACCUCCAUUUACAGAUUUGUCAAACAUAAAAUCCAACACACAUUCUGAAAAUCCUUCUGAUGCAAAUGUGGAAAACUAUACGUCUUUAGAGGCUUCAGAGAAGUCUGGAUCAUAUGUCCAAGCAAGAGAUGAGGGAGAGUCCAUGCCACAUGUACUUGAUCCAAGUGAUAGUCAAUCACAGCAUGCCAUGAUGAGGGAACUUGCAAAGCAGCGUGUCAAACAACGACAAAAAGAGGAGGAAGAGUGGGCUAGAGACCAGAAGGCUAAGGCUAAUGCUAAAUUGGAAGUGUUGAACAGACGUACACAAGCAGCUGAAGGUUUAACUCAGAAGUUGGAAUCUGUUCCAGAUAGUGCUGUCCAUAAUAAAGAAGAAUCCCAAACUCUCGCAGGAGAAACUAUCAUCUCUAUCAGAUCUGAAGUAACAAGCUUGAUUUCUAGCCCCACUGUAGUUGCAGGUGCUCUACAAAGCACCACUGGGGAACUUGAAAAUCCCACUCUUUUGUCCAUUCAACAACCUUUGGUGUCAAUAAAGAAUGUCCAUAAGGCAACUGCAGAUACACAUAACCAUUUUUUGCCCUUGGAACAGAGAGUUAAUAAUGCUGAUGCUGCUCUCCAUAAUCACCCACAGGUUAGCGAUGGUAGCACUUCAAAGCAGAAGCAUGUAGGCUAUAAAAAAAAGGAUUAUAACUCAUUGGAUAAGAGUUCCAGUGAGAAGUAUAUUUCUGCAAGUACAACUGAAUUGCCAAAUAUUCAUACUGAUUUAGCAGUUGAUGUGGCUCCAUCUGCUGAGGCUGUUAUAAAUGAGAUUGCCUCAAUCUCUGAGUCUAUUUCUACACAAAAUGUUGUGAAUGAGCCCUUAAUGCAACAGAAAAGGAAAAAUAACAGGAGUGGCAAGAACAAGCACAAAGUGGAGAAGGCAUCAUAUAUGCCUCCUUUACCAUCUGGGAUUUCAAAAGAAGCAAAUCUUACUAGUUCUUCUGUUGAGGGUUUGAAGCCAAAGUCAUCUGAAUCUGAGCUGGAUCCUAGCUCAUUUCAGUCUCUGACUGGUUCAAAGGAUGGAAAUCGGUCUUCAGAGCAGGAAUCAGCUUUUCCUAAUGAAGAAGCCUACAGCCGAGCGAAUAACCAGAAAUUUCAGCAUUCUCUAAGGAUGCCACGAAAUCCACAAGUUCAUAGAUCUGCAAUCCAUGGUGGUGAUGCUGUCAUCUGGGCACCUGUUCAGUCACAUAACAAAUCUGAGGUUACUGAGGAGGCCAGCCAUAAGUCCAUAGUUGAGGCUGUUGCUCCACAGGCAAAGGAUGAUGCUCAAGUGCAGUAUAAUACAAGAAACAAGAGGGCAGAGAUGGAGAGGUACAUCCCAAAGCCUGUUGCAAAAGAAAUGGCUCAGCAAGUAAUUAGUCAACAACCAGUAGCUCCUUCAGACAAUCAGACUGUAGCAGAUGAGAUAAUGGGAAGAGCAGAUUCUGGGUCUCAUGGAGUUGAAUGUUCUCAACCUGCGGGCACAGCCAUGGGGAAGGUAGGAAACACUACAGAGUCGAGGAAUGAUGGUAGGCAGAGUAGGCAGGGAAGAGGACAUCAAUCUUGGCACCAAUGGACCUCAGCUGAAGCAACUUUGCAAGGCUAUCAAGAUGGACAUUAUUCCAACCCAAAUAAAAAUGCUCAGAAAUCAGCAGAGCAGAACCAACAGCAGAAGCCUGAUUUGAACCUAGUGAAAGAGCGGCCCAAGUAUGAUGAAUGGAACACUUCUGAUGGUUCGAACAUUCCGGAAAAUCCUGAUUCUGUUGUACCACCAGUAGUUCCUGUUAUAAGAGAUCAUGGAAUGACAGGCAGAGGAAAGUGGCAUGCAUUCAAGGGACACAAAAGUGGGAGAAACAAUUAUGAUUUUGAUCCCAAGAAAAUUAAUAUCGGUGAAGCUGAUAAACUUGACCCAAAAUCUUCGGUCACUGAGAUGGUUCAGUCUGAUUCACCUGCUGCUUCAGAAGAAAAUCAUGGUGCUGGGGAUCGAACAACAUCUCAUUGGCAACCCAAAUCUUCAGCCAUCCAUCAAAGAGGAAGCAGGCCUGAUAGUGAUCAAAAUGUUGCGGCUGAAAUUGGUAGGACAAACAAAAAAAAUUCUACUCAGUUUAGGGUGUCACAUCCCUCUCAACGAGAAAGAGAAACCAGUGAAAGUAUGACUCAACGUCUUAAAGAUCAAUAUAUCUCUGAUAAAAGAAGCGUUGAAGAAACACAUAAUGUUGGGUAUCAUGACUCCAAGAGGGAAAGGAAGGUAGCUUCACUUAAAGGAUGCCCACACUACCCAAACCAAGGUCCUGGUCUUCCGGUCGAAGAUCCUCCAUCGCAUGUGGAUACUAGAAAUGAACAGUGCUCAAUGGCAGGGUUUCAUAAAAAUGGAAACCAAAAUAACCGAUUUGGCAGAGGGCAUGAAUUUCGUGGUGAUUGGAGCUCAUCUGGUCAAGAAAUUAAGCAGCACAACCCACCUGCAAACUGUCAAAGGCAGAGGCAGAAUUCACAUUAUGAGUACCAUCCAGUUGGACCCCAAAAUAAUAGAGCAAAUAAUCUCGAAGGACCAAAAGAUGGUUCUCAUGGUACCGGUGCAAGGUUCAGUGAGAGGGGUGAGAGUCACUCAAGGCGUGGUGCAGGAAACUUCCACGGACAGCAAAGUGGCAGUUUUAGAGUAGAUGGUGCUUAUGAUGAGUAAGGAAGGGAUUCAGAAUUGGUUAUUUAUUUGGUAAAAAGCCGCCCUGCCAUGAACAAAACUCGUUUGAUCCCAAAUAUUUUUAGAUAUUCAUGAGUAGGCAGCAUUUUUCAGUUGUAAAUACUAUUAAAUCAUCUAUGAACAGACGGUGUAUAUGUGAAUAGGGUCAGGAGAAAAGCAGCUGGUGCCUAGGCAAAACAUAAUAGCUGUUGAUCAGAGGUACACAAAUGCGGUUUAUGUCAUUUUGUAUUUUCCAGUGUAAUUUGGUCACAGUUUGUGUUCUGUAGGACCCUGGGCACAUUUGUUUGAGCCUUCUAUUUGGAAUGAAGUAGUCAACAAGUUUUGUCUCCCUCUUCAUUUUGAUCUAUAUCAUCUAUCUUG